AUGCACACCAAAACAACACUCCCCUCCCCCAUGGGCCACCUCUCCCUCCACACCUCCUUCUCCUCCACCUCCUCCCCUCCUAAUUCCGCCUCCUACGCCCGCAGCGACUGCUCAACCGUGAGCCCGCUGAGCUCAGCCACAACAUCUCCCGCAUCAUCGCCUACGUCGCCAUUCAGACGCCUGUGUCGACCGGCUUGGCUCCCUGCCAACUCCUCCCAACAUGAUAAUAAAAUCGAUACUUCCCUAAACACCACCACCACAGAGGAGCGAAGUCGUAGCCGCAGCCAAAGCCCCUUCCGCCUGAAUUUCAAUCUCGCCAACCCUCUCCGCCGCCCGUCAUCAUCCCUGCUUUUCCUGCUUCGACGGCGCCCGUCAAAGAUCGAUCUGGCGCUUAGCGAGGAGCGCUCGCGAUGCGAUGAGGAUGCUAUUGAACGGCAGGGGUUGGGGUUGCUGGAGCCGAGGCCUGUUGAUCCUGCUCCUACUGCACCUGCGUCUGCGGCCGUGGGGUUUUGUGAUAUGAGUGCAGGGGAACGAGGGGUUGGGCUGGGGUCGCGAUCGUCGAUGCAGAGUUUGAGCGCUGGGGUUUUGGCGCCGGCGACGCCUACGCAGCCGCGAUUUGUUAUGGGUGGGAUUGAGGAGGUCUUGGCGGGGGAGGCUUGA